GCAGGAGGCCCUGGGACUCUUCCUACAGUCCCCUCCUCCUCACCAUCACCGUGAACACUUACAUGACCGACAACCCAUCGCAGCUUGUCUGGUCGCUCCUGGAGGAGUUGUCGCGUCCUGUCGGGUUCAAGGGCAACCAAACGAUGCUGCAUGACAUGGUGAGCGGGCAGAUGUUCUCCUACCUCGACUCCAUCGGCGACUUUCUUGCCUCCGAGAGCAUCCUCCAGGCUUCCUUCCGCAGCAUAGGCAUGCGGAACUUCCGAGUGGACCACUUCCGAGAACUUCCAAUGCUGGGCCAGACACCCAGCAAUUUGACGACAGUGGAAAGGAUCGUGGAGAUCAUCAAGCAUGCGACGAGCCGAGACGUCGGGUUUUACUUCGGUGGUUUCACCUCCGCACUGUUUGUGCUCGUCUGUGUCUGUAUCGGGGUUCUGGUUCACCGGCGUUGGACGGUGAGGAGGAAAUACGCGAAGCACAUGUCACACGAGCUUGAGCCCGUGAGUCCGGCGUCGAUUCUGAGAGAGAAGGAAGGAGGGGACGGAGAGGCGUGAGAUAGGGAAGGUGUAGAUGAGAAGAGGAACGCAAACAAUUCUUCUUUUAGAAAUAAAACACAAACUUGAUG